AUGGAUUCGGAUGAUGCCUCUUUCUACCCCUGUCCUUGCCUUUACCAAGUGUGUCGAUUUUGUUGGGCAAAGAUAAUAAACGAGGAGAACGGGCUGUGUCCGGCGUGUAGACAACCCUAUAACCCUGACGCACCUGUUGUUCGCGCUCCACAGACCUCCUCUGUUGAAAGUAAGCGAAAGCCAACUAAACGGAAAAAGGAGGUGGCUAACAAACCACAAAUUCCCAAAGAAACAUUUAAACUUUUGCCUGAGCUCAGGGUCAUUCAAACUAAUCUCGUUUUUGUGGUUGGCCUGCCUCAAUGGAUAUCAAAGGACAAGGAAAUUUUAAAGGGACCUCAGUAUUUUGGACAGUUUGGGAAGGUGUUUAAGGUUGAGGUUAACGCUAACCAAACUUUUACGGGUCCACAGGGUCAACCGAGUAUAAGCGCUUACAUCACGUAUUGCCGACCGGAGGAUGCCAUGCGUGCCGUUCUUACUCUGGACCAGUCUAUGAUGCAUGGGCGGCAGUUGCGGGUAUCUUUGGGGACCACAAAGUACUGCAGUCAGUUCCUUCGAGGGCAUAAGUGCAAUAAACAUGAAUGUAUGUAUCUCCAUGACCUGGGUGACCCAAAAGCCAGUUUUACCAAAGAGCAAAUGCAUGCUGGAAAGCAUACCGAAUACAUGAAAACACUUUUAGAUGACUUCAUAGCCAACCAACAUCCAACCGUGGACACCAGAAGUAGAGGAAGUCCUGCCGCCGCCGUCGGCAGUGGUGGCAGUAGUAGUCAGGAGGAGUUAACCACGUCAGCUUCCAAGUCCAGCGUUGCCGCCGACGCUUUCCGACACUCCAAAGACGGUUCAACUCCUGAUACUGGGGAGGAGGCUUCCGCACCUUCAAGUGGAGGCGUCUUCACGGCAUCGUCUUAUUCUUCCUCCCAAUUAUCCUCUGAACGUGCAAAGCCUCUAUUUCAAUCCCAGUCCCGUGCAGACAUGAACUCGUUGGGUCCUAGCAGCAGUAGUAGUGGCAACAGUGCUGGCAUUCUCAACUCCCCCGAUAUCGAUUUCGAUCCGAUCCGCGAGUCCCAGGCCGGGCUAGCGGAGCUCCUGGCCUCCGAGCACCCGCCUCCACCCCAGGUUUCCUUAGCCACUCAGACUCACUUUGCUCCCUUGCCACCAAUGUUCGCGCCGCCUCCUGGCUUCGAGAAUUUCCCUGCUGCCUCGCCAGAAGAUUUUGCUUCCUUAAUUACAGCCACUCCAACUCCCCAGAGCCUUUUGGACACUGCUUACGAGCAGUUCGCGCAGCUCGCAGCGUUAGCCUAUCAGGCCCAACAGCAACAGCAGCAUCAUCACUGGGGUACCGUUGGCGGCAUGGAGCAGAAUAUGGAGUUUCUGACGCAUUUGUUGAGACAGGCGAUGCACUUGGACGGCAAGGAGUCAUCCCAAGCCUCGCAGCCCUCCUCGUCCAUUGGCAACGCCAGCGGCGCCGCGGGGGAAUUCAAAUGCUAUGCCACCUCCGCAUCAGCCACCACUGCAGCUUUGGAUGUAAGUCGUGGUUCGCGUAUUUGGGUGGCCUUUGCCGAACACUUUAUCGGUGCCCUUUAA